AUGGCAAUCUACACUGAUAUGGCUCCGUCUUUGGCGGGCAGCACUAUCAUGCUGACGGUACUGGCUUUUUUGACCUUUGGGUUGCGAGUUUAUUGCCGUUUGUCAAGGAAAUUAUGGGGAGUAGAAGACUGGAUCAUGACGAUAGCAACAAUCCCGUUUGCUGUGCUUGUUGCAGGAUGUAUCGGAGGAGCUUUCAACGGAAUCGGCAUUCUCAAUUCAACCUUUGCUAAGCCAGGAAAUGAGAAAUAUGAGGCAGAGGGGAAGAAGUUUUUCCUUAUAUUCGAAGUCGGAUACUGCUCCGCUAUCAUCCCAAUUAAGCUUAGCAUCAGCUGGAUGCUGAUUCGAGUCGCAAGUGGCCGCAAGCUGUACCUUUACAUUCAAUAUGCUGUAAUGGUUACAUUUGUCCUCAUGAACAUCAUCGCCCUUAUCUUCAUUUUGAUUAACUGCAUCCCAGUCGAAGCUGCAUGGAGCGCCGAAGCACUUGCAAACGGAGGCCACUGCCAAGCAAGCUAUGUUCUCGCUGAUGUGUACUAUGCCUGCACUGCUGUGAAUAUCGUGACCGACUGGGUGACAGCCUUCCUUCCAAUCCCUCUUCUGUGGAACGUCCAGAUCAACCGCAACACCAAAAUCUCGAUUAUUGGCUUGAUGGGCCUCGGUAUCUUCGCAUCGUUAUCUGCCUGCAUCCGACUCAAGUAUACUGUCGCGUUGACUAACCAGAACAAUUAUCUUUACGGCGUCGCGAACGUUGUUAUCUGGGGAUUCGCCGAGAACGCCCUAGGUAUGAUUGUUGGAAACAUUGCAACCCUCCGUCCGCUUUUCCGCAUUCUUCGUGAUGGAAAGACUUCGGACUACACGAAGUCCCCUAUCUUCCAAAAUUCCCACCGCACUGGAGGAGGCAUGUACUCAAAGAGCUACGAGCUUGCCGAGCAUGGUCAGAGCGUCAAUCACACUGCCAUCACUACAGUGCAGGAGCAUGAGCGACACAGCAUCAGUGAUGGAGAUAGCCAGAAGGAGAUUCUCGACAAUGUCCAACGACCUGGCCAAACUGAGAUUCUCGUCAAUCGACAAGUCACUGUGGCGUACGACUAG